UAUAUCUAGCGGAUGUAGUACUCUAAACCACGCUAACACGGCGGCCCUAAUCUACGUUAACACGGUCGUCUUGACAACAGCACAUAAUCAGAUGGGGGAAUUUAAUGGUGUACCAGAAGGCAGCUUGCGGUUGGAAGGCUGGGAAUUCUGUCAGCUGCUCCGACGACACACGUCUAAUCGUUACUACACAGAUCCGUACAGGUGGGGGAACGUCACAUGUCGGUGUAACUGCCUCCAUUGAUUCGUCGUUAUUACGCGUUUGUGUUGUGAUGCCGGACGUAUAAAGAAUGUAAGCAAGACAGUUAAUAAAUAUUGAAAAAUGGCUCUCAAUAACUUGUAUAGUUCCAAUGGCGGAAUCUACGUUCGACCCUUGGGUCUUCCCGAUUAUUAUCCCGUCCCAGGAUUCCCCCAUGGAUGUAAAUCAUUAUUACCUCCGUCAACAUCCCUAGCAAUGCAGUCGUUCAACUCUCACAAACCUUCCACUCGGACGAUGGCUCCGAUAUCACCGCUUCAAGUUGCCCAUCAGCCAAGCGCCGUGAUGUCUCCGUACAAUAAUCCUAUGCUCAAUUCUCAUCAGACAUCAAGUUUUGCUGCAGCUCUUCGGAAAUUAGCCAAACAGGCAGGAGAACCCCCUUCUACGGAAAAUGGUCUUCUCUCGACAAAUUCCGUUGUAAAUCAAACUGCCGUAAUGCCUCAAAUGUACUUAAACAGUCAGCAAGGUACUUUUUCUAACAACUCUUCUUCUUCUGUCACUUCCACUUCACUUCCGUACCAUAAUGGAGGAAGCAAAAAGGGAAUAGAUUCGUCUGCAUUUUCUCUAGCUACAACAAACAACAAUCAGUUGCCAGAUUCAUUAAGAGGAAAGUAUGGUUCAUUUAAUCACCCGUUGUAUUCGGGAAAAUGGGAAGAACGCUAUAUUGGGACCAAAGAAUUAACGUCAUCUGCUCACAUUAUGUAUGUAAUAAAAACUUAUUUUAUUUAUUAAUUUAGUAUUAUUAUAUGAACAUUGAUAAACUAUUAAAUUGUAAUAAACAAU